AUGUCUCUUUCCGAGUCGUCGUCCGUGUCGGGCAGUGCUCCUGCUGCCCCUGGUCCAGACCCAUCCGAUGACCGGGACGCGUCAAUGCCCCGGCUGGAGACCCUUAUCUCGCAUCUAGUCGCGGCCAAGCGGUCGCUAUCGUCAAUUAAUCAUGUAUGGCGUGCCAAUGAGAUUGUCACGGCUGCUCGCUCCACGCUGGAGGAGAGCGUGGUGGUCUCGGCUCGCACUGGUUUUCUUCGUCGUGGCCUGAAUAAUCAGCUGCGGCUGCUCUACAAUGUUCGCACAGAAGUGGAGGAAGUGUCUCUUCGAGGCCGCUCGGAAUUUGCCGGCGUGCUAAAGAGUCUCGACACGGCCGAUGCGCGGCUCCGAAAGACGCUGGAUCUGUUGCGAGAUACCAUUGUCCAUGCCUCCUUUCGCCCGCAGGAUGAAGAGCCUAAGAGCCUGCAUGACUUUGUGGAGGAGCGAGGCGUAGAGGAGCUCCAUGCGGCUCUCAAACACGCGAUUGACCGAACCAGCGCCGCGCAAGGAGAGCUUGAUUCCUCCAACGCGUCCUUUGACGAGGAACUCGGUUCAAUCAAGGAAGCGCUGGGAAAUUACCGUGCGGCUACCAAACUAGCUUCGUCGAGAUCCUCUGCCUCCUCCUCGUCCACGUCUGCUUCCAACUCCAGCCUGCCCUCUCUGUCUUCUAUGCCAUCCAUGCUGCAUUCCCUGGAGAUGCACGCGCAGGAAAUGGCCAAUUUGUUGGAGUCAUUGGUCCGUCAUUUUGAUCUCUGCGUGACGGCGGUCAAACACACCGAAGGCGGGGGCGCCGCCGCGCGUUCGAUCACCGGCGACAUGCCCGCCGGCAUGCAUGUCAGCGGCCGGGGUCCCAACAUCGAGGAAGGCAUCAAUGCCAACCUGAAUGCCCCUCUUGACCCCCUGAGUGACUUCGAGUACCAAGAAAUGGUGAACGUCCUGAUCAAAGAUGCGGCCGAGGCGGAAGACGUGGUAAUGGAGAUUCACGACCGCAUCGCAGAGAUGGAGUCUGUCCUGGAACAUGUGACAACCCAGCGCGACACUUUCCUGUCCGUCUACAAUGCCACCACCAGCGUGUUCAAUCACAUCUCCUCACUCGCUUCGGCCCGGUUGCCCGGCUACAUCGCCCAGGCCCACAAUUUCACCCGCGUAUGGAGUGAGGAGCACGAGCGUAUUGAAGUUGGUUUGCUAGAGCUAUCUGAUCUCAAUUCCUUGUACGAUGGCUUCCUCGAUGCUUACGACGGUCUAAUCCUAGAAGUGUCUCGCCGGAGACACGUGCGACAACGUGUCGAGAAAGUGUUGCGCGAUUGCAGGCACAAGUUGGAUCAACUCUACGAAGAAGAUGUCAAUGCCCGCGAGACUUUCCGUGUUGAACAGGGUGACUAUCUACCUUCUGAUAUCUGGCCGGGCAUCGGCCGUGAGCCAAUGCGAAUCGAAUUCCAGCGCAUAUCCGGGGGUAACCUCAAAGGUAUCGCUGCCCAGCCGGAUGACCAGCAGGAACUGCCGACACCCGAAUUUGAUGAAUCAAAACAGCCGGCGCCGGUGAGUCAAGCCACUGGCGACGGAGAAAUCAUUCCUGAACUGCCCAAGGAUGUCGUCGAACAAACUUUAGCUCGAGUCAGAGCCAAAAUGAGACUGGCACCCUAA